AUGACUUUUUCAUUUGCCGUUAACGAACUUCAAACUUUUUGGUCCAUUUUGCAAUGUGUUCAGAAAGUACCUGAAAAACGAGUCCGUAUGCUAUCUGUCAGUUAUAUUUAUAGAGGGGAACUUUAUAGAUCAUCAAAUAACUUUUUAGAUGGUAGUGGGUACUUGGAAGAUGGUAGAGAUAUAUUUGAUGAUGAUUUGGACUCCGAAUCUAUUGCUCAAGCAAGUGCAAGAGGAAAAGGUGUCAAAAGAAAGAAAAAAAAUGUCUCGGAAAAUGCCGGAAGAGGAAAUUUGCAACAAAUGCUUUCAAGUAUGCCAACCAAAAAGAAAGAGGAAACCAAACUUGAUGACGAUGAAAUGCUGUCUGAAAUCUUAGGUGAAAUUGAUGAAACUUCUGCUAGUAUCCCAAAACCAAAAAUUAAAGAAUACUCGGUUAUGUCUCGAAAACUUGCUGCUAAGAAUUAUAUGAAGAACUUGAGUGUUCCAAACAAAAAUAUUUCUAUUACUCGACCCAUAAGUGACAUAUUGAAAAAAGAAGCUACUGGUAACAUAUUGAAAGAGGUACAAAACAAAGUAAUAGAAAAUGACGACUUGAAUGAAAUUGCUGAAUUUCCACAAGUUGAUAUUGUAGAAGAAAACUCUUUACGAAUUACUGAGGAGGAAGAACAGCCUGUUGAAUUAAGUGAAAACUUGACUAUCGAGGAUGAUUUUACCCAAGAGUGUUUUGAAGAUGACAUCGAUAUGACACAAAUAGAAGAAUUUGAGUCUCAGCAACUUCCUGAUAUUUCAGUCGAUGAAGAAAAAAUUUCAGAUGAGUUACAAGCAGAAUUUAUGAGUGAAUGGGAAAAUUUCACAAACGAAUUAGAUGAUAUUGAUAUGGACAAGUUAGUGGAUAGAUCUGACAUACCUCUUGUUGAAGUUGAUAAUAAAAAGGUAUUCCGGUUUUAUUGGUGGGACGCUUAUGAAGAUCCUGAAAAACAAAGGGGGGUGGUAUUUCUGUUUGGAAAAACAUACUGUGAUAAGACUAAAAGUUUUGUGAGCUGCUGUGUGGCUGUUAGAAACAUUAGUAGAAGAGUUUUUCUUUUACCAAGGCCAUUUGAACUUGGAGAAGAUGGGACACCUACAGAAGAACCAGUUACCUUUAAGAAAAUGUACAAUGAAUUGAAUGAAAAAAUAAUAAAGCCAUUGCAUAUCAGUUUUUUCAAAACAAGAUCUAUCAAGAAAAAAUAUGCCUUCAAUCCUGAAAUACCAACCGAAUCUGAAUACAUGGAACUCCGAUACCCGGCCACUGACGCAAGAAUAGAUUUAGGAGAUCUGAAGAAGAAACCUCAAACUAUUUCGAAAAUAUUUGGAACAAACUCCAGCUUUCUUGAAAUACUCCUUUUGGAAAGAAAAGUCAAGGGUCCAUGUUGGUUAGAUAUCAGUAAUCCAUCGCCUGUUUCAAAUCCUUUGAGCUGGUGCAAGUUUGAAGUUAACUGCAUAAAAGUCACAGAUCUCAACAUAAUGGAAUCAGAUAAACCAUUACCACCUCCACCGUUAGUGGUGGCAGCUAUUAAUAUGAGAAGUUUUGUGAAUCCCAAGACGUAUGCCAAUGAGAUUCUCAUGAUGUCCUGCCUUACACAAACUAAAUAUGCUGUUGACAAAAAACCUCCAAAUCCUCCAUUCCAGCAACAUUUUUGUGUUUUUUCAUGUCCUGCACAGCAAGUUCUACCUCUUAACAUUCAUGAGGCUCUGGGAAAUUAUAGGGUAACGAAAGUACAAAAAAUGGACUCUGAACGAGCGCUCCUCAACUAUUUCAUUACACAGUUUUCCAAAAUCGAUCCAGACCUUAUAGUAGGGCAUGAUCUGCAAGGAUAUCAAAUCAAUAUUUUAGCUGAUCGUCUUACAAAACAGGACAACAAAACUUUCAGUAAAUUGGGAAGAAUAAAAAGAUCCGAAAAGAAAAGACUGGAAAAGCAUUUAUUUGCUGGUAGACUCGUAUGUGAUAUCAAAAUAUCAGCCAAAGAACUAAUAAAAUCGCGAUCAUACGACCUAGAUGCUCUUUGUCAAGUCAUUCUUAAACUCAAAGAAAAUCAAAGAAUUGAACUAGAACCUGAAGACAUUCCCAAAAUGUAUCAGUCAACCAAGGAUCUACUGAAACUGAUAUCAUUUACAGUGCAAGAUACAUCGUACAUUCUCAAAAUGAUGUACGACUUGAAUGUUAUUCCUCUUGCCUUACAAAUCACAAACAUAGCUGGUAAUAUAAUGUCGAGGACUUUGAUGGGUGGUAGAUCAGAACGAAACGAGUUUUUACUAUUACAUGCAUUUUCAGAAAAGAAUUAUAUAGUUCCUGAUAAGGAAUAUAAGAGAAAAGAUACCACACUGUCGAGUUCAGCAAGAAAGAAGCCAACUUAUUCAGGAGGAUUAGUUUUGGAACCCAAGAUAGGCUUCUAUGAUAAGCUCAUUUUGCUUAUGGAUUUUAAUUCUUUGUAUCCAAGUAUAAUCCAGGAGUACAAUAUUUGCUUCACCACUCUGCCAGUAACUAAUAGCGAGGAUAAUCUAGUUUUACCUGAUCGAGGGUUACCACCUGGUAUAUUACCUACUGAAAUUAGAAAACUUGUAGAAAGUCGGAGGCAAGUCAAGAAAUUGAUGAAUAGUGCUGACAUAUCACUUGAUUUGAAAAUGCAGUACAAUAUUCGUCAAAUAGCGCUCAAAUUAACGGCCAACAGUAUGUAUGGUUGUCUUGGUUUUUCGAAUUCACGGUUUUAUGCCAAGAAUCUAGCAGCACUGGUCACCCAUAAGGGACGAGAGAUUCUCACAAAUACUCGAGAUAUGGUUGAGAAGAUGUGUUAUGAGGUAGUUUAUGGUGAUACUGAUAGUAUAAUGAUAAACACAAACAUCUUGGAAUACGAUCAGGUAUUCAAAAUUGGAACAAAAAUUAAACAAGAAGUCAAUAAAUUGUACAAACAAGUGGAACUUGAUAUUGAUGGAGUAUUCAAGUACCUUCUGUUGUUGAAGAAAAAAAAGUAUGCUGCUGUUACUUUGACAAAAAUAAACGACAAUAAAUUGAAGGAGGUGAAGGAAUAUAAGGGAUUAGACAUCGUAAGAAGGGACUGGUCACAGCUAGCCUGUGGAGCUGGUGAAUAUAUAUUGGACCACAUUUUGAGUGAUCAGUCACCAGAUGAUAGAAUAAAUAAUAUCCACGAGUACUUGAGAAAAAUAAGGAAACAUAUGGAGGAAGGUCAAGUUCCUAUCUCUCUACUAGUUAUAACAAAGCAAUUGACCAAAGACCCAAAAAUGUAUACUGACAAGAAUUCACUGCCUCAUGUUCAAGUAGCACUACGAUACAACCAACAAAGUGGCGGUCAUUUCAGGGCUGGGGAUACAGUUCCUUAUGUUAUAUGUGAGGAUGGCACUUCUAAUUCUGCUUCUCAACGUGCUUACCAUAUUGAGGAACUGAAUAAGUCUGAAACGUUAAAAAUAGAUGUUAAAUAUUAUUUAGGACAACAAAUACACCCAGUGGUGACUAGAAUUUGUGAACCGAUAGAAGGUACAGAUUCUUUCCAAAUAGCAGAAUGUCUUGGUCUCGAUACUAACUCUUUCAAAAAACCCAAACAACACUCUAUGGAAGUCAUUGGGCAAAACAUUUCUAAGCCUGAAGUCAAGUUUAGAAAUGUGGAUAAGUUUAAGUUCAAAUGUUACAUCUGUAAGCAAGAGAAUGUCGUUGAUAAUCUGUUGGAUGGCAAUAUACGUUUCUUGGAAAAAUGCAAGAAUUCUGAAUGCGGAGUCAGGCCUGUAGAGUACCUACCUUAUAUCCAAAACCAGCUAGCAUUGGCUAUUCAGUUGUACAUUACUAAAUAUUAUGAUAAUGAACUUACUUGUGAGGAUCCAGCUUGUACGAACGAAACAAAUCGACUGCCAUUGAAGUUUUUUAAGAAAUAUCCCGUCUGUACCCUUUGCCAGAAAGGAGUUAUGUAUCGAACAUAUACUGAACAACAACUUUACACGCAACUCACCUACUUUCAGCACAUAUUUGAUUUGGGAAAACUAAAUAAAGGACUGGACCCUGACCUGGAAUCUGGAUAUCAUUCACUUCGAGAAACAGUUGAAAAAUAUUUAAACCACUCAGGUUAUUCAGUUAUUAACCUUACGGAGCUGUUUUCCGGAUUUCUGGUUAGAAAUAAACAUCCAAAUACAAUUGAAAGGAUAGACGUAUCAUAUGAAGAACUUGAAAAUUUCGAUGAAGAAGAUGAAGAGUUUUAAGUUGUUAUUUUUUACAUUUUCGAAGAUUUUAUGUUUAAUUGAAACACUUCAUUCAUUUACAGUUAUUUUAUUUAUUAUUAUAUGCUUUUUAUAAAAA